AAUAAUUUGUAGCUCCUCUGCCAAUGGAUUUGUCGACGCUCUGUGCCGUCCACAACGAAACGCAAGGCUGUGUGAAUGAUGCCCUAGUUGAUACCGCUCCUGACGAGGGUAUAUAAGCGAGUUGUAUACCACAGCUCAUGAGCAUCAUUCUAGUCUCAUCAGAUUAUUUUCAUACUCUAAGAAGCCUUUCACAGUUGAAGAAUCAUACUCUUUGAUCAUUGUCGACAUCUGGAUCUACGAAAGCUAAACAAUCAUGGCUAUGCGAGCAUUUUCAAGCACCGCCGGACAGUUGAAGCAGCUCAAUUGGAGUCUCUACGGAACAACCAUCGACGUCAACUGGUUGAUCCAGCAGAUCGAGCGCUCCAUCGAUGAAGUUCCCGGGUUGAGGGCUCGUGUUGUCAGCGCGCAGGUAAUCGGAAAUCCUCACCCCACCCCCAACCGCAACGACCCGUACCAUGGAUCCGUGGUCCUUCUGGACAAGGAAGGUAAACGGGUUACAUCCGCGCAUGCCUACCUCAACGGGUAUGUCAAGUUUUCCAGAGAGACGGCAUUCAAGCCCGUGAAGCUUCCCCCGAUACCUGGAGCACCAGUCUUCCCGCCGGAGGGCAUCGAGACUGUGAAGUCUAGUUCGCCGUCUGGAUCUAAUCAGUCGACCUCUAAGACGGGCAAGAAAUGAUAGAUAAGCAUCAUUAGUUGCGCUGGAUAUGUGGUCUGCAGGCAGAUGUAUGAUUGGGUUUUGUUGUCACUAGUGCAUGUUUGGCUGGCCUUCUUGUUGGUUGUUUCAUAUGAUUUUGCCUUGAUAUUUUCCAUGAAUAUUCCAUAUUAGAUCCAUCCAUGUAGUUAUUAUGGCGAGGGCAGAAAGCUAUGUAAGGUUGGCUCUAUCCACUGUGGUUGGAG